AUGAUUAAUAUUAAUGAAAUUUGUUGUUGGGGACAAACAACACCGAGUAAUCGUAAUUUUACUGAAGGUGAAAGACUUUUGAAAGCAGGUCAUGUGAUUAAAUGUGGAAAAAAUCAAGUCGAAAUAUAUUUGUUAUUAUAUACACCAUUAGGUUUAAUUAUUUUACUUAUACGAAUAUUAUGUGGAAUAAUUGCAUUAUUACUUGCAUCGGCUUUACCUGAUGUGUCAACAUUACGUACAACAAUUACAAAUUUAUUCAGUUUCUGUUUUGGUAUAUUUAUUAAAAAACAGGAUUGUCAUCAUCGAGAUUGUAAUGUUAAAAUUAUUGUUAGUAAUCACAUCUCUAGAUUAGAUCAUUUAGCUUUACAUAUAGCAGCUGAUAGUUACACGCCAACAAAAUAUCGCAUGCAAGAUAUAUUAGAAAAUGCGUUGGGACUCAUACACGUCAAUCGAAAUAUAACAUCAGAUGCAGUAAUUAACUCGGAUAAAGUAUUAGCUUUUUUCCCUGAGGAGGCAAUUACAAAUGGUAAAGGUUUAUUAAAAUUUAACACGAAAAUAUUCGAUUGUGAUAUAAAUGUACAACCAGUUGCUUUACGGAUAUGGCGACCACCGAUUGCUGAAGUUGCUGUUAAAUCGUUAGGAUCGCAAUGGUGGUCAGAUGUUAUGUCAUAUUUAUUUGUUCCAUACACAUUGUAUACAGUUCAAUUUUUACCUGUUAUCAAAAAGCAACAAAUAUCUGAAGACCAACAGUUCGGUGAAGUUGUUCGAGAUGCUAUUGCUGAAUGUUUAGGAAUUCCAAAAACAAAUUUAACAGCACGUGAUAUGGUCGAAUAUGAAAAACGUUAUUUAAUGGAUCAACGACGUGCAAUGUUACGAAAUCCAACAGAAUCGCCAUCAACAUCACGACAUACACGUAUCGAUCCAAAUUUAGAAAUGAUGGCGCGUCAAGUAAAAGAAGUGCUUCCAUUAGUACCACAGCAUGUGAUCAUACAAGAUUUAACAAAGACACGUAAUAUUGAUUACACAAUUUCAAAUAUAUUAGAUGGGCAUGUCCGUUAUACACCUGAAACACCUAGUACUACGCCAACAACGCAACAAUUAUCAACGCCGUCUACAUCAUCGUCCAAUGAGUCAAUGUCAACACAACAAAAACAAAUGAAUUUUCCAAAAUCAGCUAAUGCGCGUAUGCAAUCAUUUCAAGAGCGUAAACGUGAACUUAUUGAGAAUGCUCGGAAGAAGUAUAUUGAGAAACAUGGGUUAAAUAUUGCAUUGAAUAAUUGUUAAAUUUAUUUAUAGAUUCAGAAAAAAAAGCUUCUUAAUCAAGUAAUAUUUUUGAUUAAACAAUGAUACUUGUUUUUAAACAUACUUAGAGAAAAGCUCUUGCAUUUGAACAAAUGUAAAAUUAAACGGCGAAGAAAGUGAAGUAUAAAUAUUUGAAUGU